CAGAAAGAAGUUAUGGCUGCAGUGAUAUUGGAGAGCAUCUUUCUGAAGCGAUCCCAACAGAAAAAGAAAACAUCACCUUUAAACUUCAAGAAGCGCCUCUUUCUCUUGACCGUGCAAAAACUUUCCUACUAUGAGUAUGACUUUGAACGUGGGAGAAGAGGCAGUAAGAAGGGUUCAAUAGAUGUUGAGAAGAUCACCUGUGUUGAAACAGUGGUUCCUGAGAAAAAUCCUCCCCCCGAAAGACAGAUUCCGAGAAGGGGAGAAGAGUGCAGUGAAAUGGAGCAGAUUUCAAUUAUUGAAAGGUUCCCUUACCCCUUCCAGGUUGUAUAUGAUGAAGGGCCUCUCUAUGUCUUCUCCCCAACUGAAGAACUGAGGAAGCGUUGGAUUCACCAGCUCAAAAAUGUAAUCCGGUACAACAGUGAUCUGGUACAGAAAUACCACCCUUGCUUCUGGAUCGAUGGGCAGUAUCUCUGCUGCUCUCAGACAGCCAAAAAUGCUAUGGGCUGCCAAAUUUUGGAGAACAGGAAUGGAAGCUUAAAACCUGGGAGUUCCCACCGAAAGACGAAAAAGCCUCUUCCUCCCACACCUGAGGAGGACCAGAUCUUAAAAAAGCCACUGCCCCCUGAGCCAACAGCAGCACCUGUCUCGACAAGUGAGCUGAAAAAAGUUGUAGCCCUUUAUGACUACAUGCCAAUGAAUGCAAAUGAUCUACAGCUGCGGAAGGGCGAGGAGUAUUUUAUCCUGGAGGAGAGCAACUUACCCUGGUGGCGAGCCCAGGAUAAAAAUGGGCAGGAAGGCUACAUCCCUAGUAACUAUGUAACCGAGGCAGAGGACUCCAUAGAAAUGUAUGAAUGGUAUUCCAAACACAUGACUCGGAGUCAAGCUGAGCAACUGCUAAAGCAAGAGGGGAAAGAAGGAGGCUUCAUUGUUAGAGACUCCAGCAAAGCUGGAAAAUAUACUGUGUCUGUGUUUGCCAAAUCUACAGGGGAACCUCAAGGGGUGAUACGCCAUUAUGUUGUGUGUUCCACACCUCAGAGCCAGUAUUACCUGGCUGAGAAGCACCUUUUCAGCACCAUCCCUGAGCUCAUUAACUACCAUCAGCAUAACUCUGCAGGACUCAUAUCUAGGCUCAAAUAUCCAGUGUCUCAACAAAACAAGAAUGCGCCUUCCACUGCAGGCCUGGGCUAUGGAUCAUGGGAAAUCGAUCCAAAGGACCUGACCUUCUUGAAGGAGCUGGGGACUGGACAAUUUGGAGUAGUGAAGUAUGGGAAAUGGAGGGGCCAGUAUGAAGUGGCCGUCAAGAUGAUCAAAGAAGGCUCCAUGUCUGAGGAUGAGUUCAUUGAAGAAGCCAAAGUCAUGAUGAAUCUGUCCCAUGAGAAACUGGUGCAGUUGUAUGGCGUCUGCACUAAACAACGCCCCAUCUUCAUCAUCACUGAGUACAUGGCCAAUGGCUGCCUCCUGAACUACCUGAGGGAGAUGCGCCACCGCUUCCAGACUCAGCAGCUGCUGGAGAUGUGCAAGGAUGUCUGUGAAGCCAUGGAAUACCUGGAGUCAAAGCAGUUCCUCCACCGGGACCUGGCGGCCCGAAACUGUUUGGUAAAUGAUCAAGGAGUUGUUAAAGUAUCUGACUUCGGCCUGUCCAGGUAUGUUCUGGAUGAUGAAUACACAAGCUCAGUAGGCUCCAAAUUUCCAGUCCGGUGGUCUCCACCAGAAGUUCUUAUGUAUAGCAAGUUCAGCAGCAAAUCUGACAUUUGGGCUUUUGGGGUGCUGAUGUGGGAAAUUUACUCUCUGGGGAAGAUGCCAUAUGAAAGAUUUACUAACAGUGAAACAGCUGAACAUAUUGCCCAAGGCCUACGUCUCUACCGGCCUCAUCUCGCUUCAGAGAGGGUAUAUAGCAUCAUGUAUAGCUGCUGGCAUGAGAAAGCAGAUGAACGUCCCACCUUCAAAAUUCUCCUGAGCAACAUUCUAGAUGUCAUGGAUGAAGAAUCCUGAGCUCACCAAUAAGCUUCUUGGUUCUACUCCUCUACUCCACAAGCCCCAAUUUCACUUUCUUUGAGGAAAUCCCAGGCUUACAGGCCCUGGAGCCUUUGUGCUCUUGCUGAAUACACAAAGGCCCCUCUCCACAUCUAGG